CUUGGAUUGCGGCUCCUGGCUGGGACUUUGCGCCCAGGAUCUUCUGGAUUGGACUCUCAGGGAGCUCCAGGCUGGGACUUACUGGAAGGCAUGACCGCUGGGAUUUACUGCAAGUCCUAUGGGCAUAGAGAGACUGUGUCGUCUCCCUCCUUUUCUCCUGGACGUUUGCACUGUUCAUCGGUGUGACACAGCGCUAUGCAUCCUGGGCCGUGGCAUCCACUACUUUGUUUCUCGCUUCUGUUGCUGUGCACACGUGGAGAUUCAGAUGUGACGCCCCGAUUCCUGUCUGAGCCCCUUUCCACUGUCCAGAAGCCUGGCGUGCCGGUCACGUUAUUAUGUGCUGCUGAACCGCCGUGGUCCCAUAUUUCUUGGUUAUUUAACGGGAGACUUUUGGACAGAACUCGGGAUGGGGACAUUCAGCCUGGUCACCUGACCAUCUUGUCUCUGGGUCUGCACCAUGCUGGCCGAUACCAGUGCACGAUCAACACCAGCAGAGGCUCUCUUAUUAGCACCCCUGCCAACGUGUCGGUGGCAUAUCUGGGAGACUUUGAAUCGGUCUCUAGAGUCUCUGUGGUGGCUGAAGAAGGAAGCACGGCCAUUAUAACAUGUGGUGUUCCAUCCAGUGUUCCGCGUGCUCAGAUCCAUUAUCGAGUGAGGGGGAAAUGGCUGGACAGAUCUUCAUUAGAUAAGUACCUCAUCCUGCCCUCUGGAAACCUUCAGAUAGUCAAUGUGACAUUGGAGGAUCGGGGACCCUAUAGAUGUGCCGCGUAUAACCCAGUCACACAUGAGCGGAAGAUAAGCCCUUCUGUUUACAAGCUUGCUGUUACCGGUUCAUCUCACCCAGACUUCAUCCCCCUACAAUCAGUCCCCACCCAGCGUCUGUCUGUCCAUCUGCACGAGACGUUGACUCUGGAAUGCGUGGCCGGAGGGGUCUCUGCUCGCCAUGUUUACUGGUAUAAAGACGGGCAGAGCGCCACCGAUCAUAGACGGACAUUGUUGCAUACCAACCUAGUCAUCAAGACUGUGGAAAGACUGGACGUUGGGAACUACUCCUGCUUGUUGGCCAAUGAAACUCGUGAAGUGGCUCACGUGACCUACUCAGUCAUUGUUCUAGAGGCUCCAUUGAUCUCCCGGGCCCCUGAGGACCAGACCGCUCCAGCAGGCAGUGACGUCAUGUUUACCUGCGAGGCGCAGGGCAAUCCGGCUCCAAACAUCACUUGGCUGCACAACACGGCCAGCAUCUAUCCUUCACCCCGCCUCCACCCGCUGGCGAACACGCUACACGUCAGCAAUGUGGCUGAAGAGGAUGCUGGGAUGUAUCAGUGCAUGGCCGACAAUGGCGUCGGUGUGGUCCAGGCAUCUGCCAGGCUCCAUGUACAUCCAGGUUCGGGCUCCAGACCAGUCAUUGUGUCCCCGCCUACAAGUGUCAGCGUAGUGAUUGGAGACUGGGUCACUUUAACCUGUAAUGCCACUGGAAACCCCGCCCCUUCCAUCCGCUGGUAUGGCGCCCACGGGGCAAUAAGCAGCCACCCCUCCCAGAUCCUUCGGCCUAAACCCCGAAAGGCGUUACAGUCCAGGACGGCAGACACCCCCAGCCAGGACCCACCGCAUGUGAUCAUGUCCCACCCAGGAAGCAGCUCCUUGUACAUCUCUGCUGUCACAGCGAAGCAUGCUGGGAAAUAUGUCUGCAAGGCCGCCAAUGAGUUGGGUUCCACCCAGGAGGAAGCCACCGUGACUGUCGUUCCCAAUGAGAUCAGCACUGUGCGUGCAGACACCAGCACGCCAAGCCUUACUCGGACUACCACCCACCCCAGCCUUCCACCUACCGACAAGCCACUCCAUGGCGCUCUGCUUCCAGAGGCGCCCAUCAUUCUCAGCCCACCGCAGACCACCAAACCGGACGUGUACUUCUUAGUGUGGCGAUCGGGACGAGAUGGGGGCCUGCCUAUAAAUGCCUACUUUGUGCGCUAUAGAAAGUUGGAUGAUGACGGCAACGUGGACGGGCCCUGGAAUUCCAUCCGUGUUCCGGCCAGCGAGAACGAGUUUCCUCUGACGGAGCUCGAGCCGUCCAGUCUGUAUGAGGUUCUGAUGGUGGCCAGAAAUGCGGCCGGCGAGGGGCAGCCUGCUAUGCUUACCUUCCGGACCAGCAAAGAAAGGAGUUCAUCUUCUAAGAACACACCGGCCAUGUCCCCUCCAGCUGGGGCCCCAAAGCAGACUCCAAUGCAGGACAGUUUCAAUAGCAACUUUGGGUUGGUGAAUCCGGACACUUUCCGGCACAGCGGGGUUCCCGAAGCUCCGGAUCGCCCCACCAUUUCCAGUGCGUCCGAGACCUCCGUCUACGUCACCUGGAUCCCGAGGGCGAACGGAGGAUCCCCGAUCACGUCCUUUAAAGUGGAAUACAAGAGAGCCGGGAGACUUUGGGUUACUGCCGCAGAGAACAUCCCGCCAUCAAAACUGUCAGUGGAGGUGUCCAAUCUGGAACCAGGUGCAAUGUACAAAUUCCGGGUCAUCGCCAUCAAUAAUUACGGGGAGAGUACGCGCAGUUCGGUGUCACGACCCUACCAGGUUGCUGCCUACGGCAGCCGUCUACCCAACCCGCUGAUUGUUGGCCCUCGCAUCGACCACACGGAGGCGGUGACAGACACGCACAUACUGCUGAAAUGGACUUACGUUCCAUCAAACAACAACAACACCCCCAUUCAAGGCUUCUAUAUCUACUACCGGCCCACCGACAGCGACAAUGACGGCGACUACAAGAGGGACGUGGUGGAAGGAACUAAACAUCAACAUUUAAUCCGGGACCUGCAGCCAGAGACGUCCUAUGACAUCAAGAUGCAGUGCUUCAAUGAGAGAGGGGCCAGUGACUACAGCAACGUCAUGAUUUGUGAGACUAAAGCCCGUAGGAGCCCCGGCGCCUCCGAAUUCCCCCCUCUGGAGCUCAGCACGACGUCCGCUUCAGAGCGGAAUGCAGGAGGAAGCUCCAGCUCAUCCAUCACUCUGGCACGGAGUGGGGACAUGCUGUACGUCAUUGUCGGCUGCGUGUUGGGCGGGAUGGUCCUUAUAUUGAUGACCUUCAUCGCCAUGUGUCUCCUGAAACAUCGACAGCAACGUCUCAUGCACAAAUUUGAACCGCCUGGUUAUCUCUAUCAAGGAUCCGAUCUGAAUGGGCAGAUGGUAGAAUACACAACACUGCCGGGAACCAACCGGAUAAAUGGAACCGUCCACGGAGGAUUCAUGGGAAAUGGGAAUAUCGCCAAUGGCUGCCCACACAUGCAUCACGGUAUACACAACGGCAUCAACGGCGUCAUGAAUGGAGAGCUGUACCCCACCUGCAGCAAUCCUCAUAAAGGGACGUGUCCAGACUAUGAGCACUUACCCCAUAGUAUUGCCAAUGGGGGCAUCCUAUACACUGCCAUACCCCAGACUGACCCCUCAGAGUGCAUCAACUGCAGAAACUGCUGCAACAACAACAGAUGUUUUAGCAAAAGUGGAAACGGCGUGACGAGGACGCCGCUGCAAGAGAACCCGGACACCAAGCAACUGAUGCCAGAGGCCGUGCCCAUGAUCCCGUCCUCACCUGAGUGCGGCAUAGAGCUCCAGGAGGAAGUGAAUGAAAAGCCAUCAGCGCCGUGUACACCAAGUCAGGAUGGGCUGGAAGAGAUACAAGGUGAUUCUGACAUCUGUGUAAAGGAGGAUGACGCCAUCUUGCCCCCAUCUCCCGAUACCCCCUCUAAUGACUCAGAGAACUGCGAUGAAAACAAAACUUGGACGUUAGAAAACUCGCCCAAUGACCUCCCACAGCAACCGCUGACGCAAGAGGCCUGAACAGGAAGUGACUGUCUCCCUCUCUGUUACACUGCAUCCCAUUAUGGUAGAGGAGGAAAAAUCCGGCUCAUCGCCAUGUUGUCACGUAACGUGUCAUUAUU